UCUAUAGUAAUCUUUUGGGCUUUGGCGUUUAUAGUUUUUUUUAAUUCGAGGGAAUUUGGAUUAAAUUCUUUAUGCUAAUUUAUAGAAGUAUGUUACAUUUUGCAUUUUUUUUAUAAUCGCGCUUUGCCUUUUUAGUUUUGAGUAAGUGGUGACUGGCGUAUAUUGCCGGAGUGUUGUUCGUGCGAAAACUUUAGUAUCAUAAGUUGUCUUGUUUUUUACGCACGCCCACUGUCGUACCUGAAUGGUGUUGUUAAUAGUGAUGAUACAGCUGUUAAGUUGAUCUAAACAUGUCACUACAGAAGAGUUUGAAAAGUGUUAGUGGUGAGCAAGAUACAACAUCAAUAUGCUCUUCUGUCACAACGCAACCAGAUAGACAUGGAUUCUUUGGUGGUGCCCAAUAUAGUCCAGAACCAAAGAGGACUGUUUCGCCGAGUACAAUAUUGAAGCGAGAACAGAAAUGGCUACGCAUGCUUAACAACUGGGAGGCUUUUAUGAGCAAAAACUACAAGAAAGUCCGAGAGAGGUGUCGGAAAGGUAUUCCGGCAUCAGUCCGCCCUAAAGCUUGGCUAUACCUCUGCGGAGGUCAGUUACUGCUGGAAAAACAUCCGAACGAAUACGAAGAACUCCUCCAGGCGCCUGGGGACCCCAAGUGCAUGGAGGAUAUUAGGAAAGACCUGCACCGACAAUUCCCUUACCACGAGAUGUUUAUACGGGAAGAGGGGCAUGGUCAGCAAGAGUUAUUCUCAGUACUGAAGGCGUAUUCAGUAUUAAACCCUAAAGUGGGCUACUUCCAAGCGCAGGCGCCGGUGGCCGCGUUUCUUCUGAUGCAUAUGCCCUCCGUCCAGGCCUUCUGGUGCCUGGUCAGCAUUAGUGACAAAUACCUUAGUGGAUAUUAUAAUCCUGGCUUGGAGGUGCUCCAACGUGAUGGUGAUAUACUCCACGCAUUACUCCGCCGUACAGCACCGGCUGUCCACCGACACUUGGUGAAACAUCGCGUGGAACCAGUUCUUUACGCAACAGAAUGGUUUCUUUGCGCUCUGACGCGCACAUUGCCAUGGGACAGUUUGCUACGUGUGUGGGACUGCUUUUUGUGCGAGGGCGUUAAGGUCCUGUUCAAAGCAUCACUAGUGGUCCUAGCAGGAGCCCUAGGCCCCGCAAAGGUCAGAAAACGAGCGAACGGCCUUUGCGAGACUCUGGAAGUACUUCGUCACCCCCCGGACAGCGUACUUGGGGAGGAAUACCUCAUGUACCACAUGCAAAGGCUUAACCUGACUGAGGAAGACUUUGAGUUCGAGCACCAAAGGCAGACCGCGCGUCGCCGGGCCAUGGCUAAUAGAAGUGGUAGCUGAUUCAGCGAGUGUUCCUACAAGCGUUAUUCGAAGAAUAACGCCAGGGACAUCUUUCAUACACUGUAAGGUGCUUGGACUGUGUGAUAGUGCGUGGGAGGACCAAAUCGAAUUGACUUGUAUAUAUGAAGUUUUGUAUUAUUAUCUAUGGUUACGUCUGUCAGGACUAUGCUCUAUGGUCGGAAUGAUUCCGAUGUGAAAAAAAAUAUAAUCAUAUAUAUUUAUAUAUAUCACGUAAUCUCAAGCUUUCGAGAUUUCGAAUUUACAUUUUUCUAUAUAUUUUCUUACGCUUUUCGUAUAUUAACUUUCGGAAUUAUUUUUCAAUUAAUGUUCUAUUCCAUAUUUCUUACAUUUGUAUAUUUCGUACAAAACAUCACUUUCAUUAGUUUUUAUUUGAAUCACCACACUGUUACAAAUGAAAUGUUAUUAAAAUAAAUUACAAAUGAUUUUAAUAAUACAUAGUAUUUUUUUAUUAUUUCUAAUGUGUGGUAAUUGUUUAAAUGUAUUAUUUAGUACGGUAUGCCUCAUUCAAAGUAUUAACUGUUAGAUUAAUUUGCAAAAUAGCACAUAUAACGUAACCUCGUCUUGAACUAAAUGCGGAUUUUUCAUUAGCGUCUGUUAAGUUCAUACAGGAGUCGAGUUAUCACUGCCUGACACAUUCCUAUUUUUUUUUAAUCUGGUUUAAGAUGUGCUGUUUUGGCAUUAACUUAUAGUGUACACAAUUUUUAAUUUAUGAUGUAGCUAUAUUAGUUUAACGGAAUCAUAUCGAUUUUGUAUUGUAUUAAAAUUUUAUGAUUGUAAUAUUCGUGAUUAAUCAACAAUUAUUUCCAAGUGAACGUUUCUGCGUGACACGUUUUCUUUGUGAAUUUUUGUAUUGGCAACACUUCCAUUGUCAAGUAAGUGUAAAUUAUAAUAAAAUGUGAUAAGUCGUUAUUUGAUUACAUAUCCAAUAUAGGUGUUUGCAAGGGUAUUUUGUGUAUGACUUUGAAACAUCCUGUAUAACCAUUAUUUUGUCAUAUUAGUCGUAAGUGUUGAUAUAAAAAUAUAGGUAUAUGAAAGUACAAUUAGGCUAAUGUUUGUGUUAAUGGGUGAAACAAUAUUAAAUUAUGGUUGCAGAGAUUCUAUUUAAAUAUAUACUUUGAAUAGUUUAUUUUAGAAUUGGAUACACUAAUAUUCGUCAUUGAUAAAAAUUAUACUUUUGAUAUGCAUAAGUUUCGCUAUAAAACAACGUUUUUACCCUGACUUUGUCUAGCUAGUCUUUAGUUUCUACUUUUGACCAACUUUUUUUCACCAUAACUAUAGUUUCACCCGUUUACAUACAUUCUGUAAUAAUCUAUGGAAAGGGAUUUCGAUUCGCAAUAUGCUUUUUUGUCUGUAUAUUUUAGUGAUUUUGAGUAUCAUUUAAAAUAAUUUGCACAAAAAUAACUAAAAUACAAUGUUGUGUUCUUAGAUAUAUGCAUGGAAGGAUGGAUUUCUUUUCAUAUCUUCAUAUGAUAUGAUUUUGGAAAUCUUUAAGUGUUAAAUGUUGAAUGAAAUUUUUACA